GUUGUUACUGGAGGAGCUUCGCCAGCUAGCUAGCCGGGUUGCAUGGUUGCACUGAAAGUGAAAGCCACGCUCCAGGUGUCCGAGUUUGAUGGUGAGCAUGAGCAGCAAGGCAUAAAGAUAAAGGUCGUUUGUGAGUCGACAGCGAAGUAAGUUUGACCUUCUGACCCUGUAGUACGUCCUGACAAGCGAAAUCUUCCCUUUUUGGCUCGCAUUUCGUUGGAUUGUACAUUGAAUGCUGGCGUAUAUGGUGGUGGACUAGUCAAGAAGGGGAACCUGGUGGAGCGAAGUGGAUCAGUAUUGUUGCAAACAUGGUCUUGAUAGUUGAAUUCCUAUUCUGAAGACAGGUGCAUGAGUCAGCGACUUUCCAGGCAGUGGUUCUGCUGACGCUAAUGGUCUCUUACCUAAACCCUGCAACGUUGUCGUCUUCUCUGCUUUCAGCAUCCUGUCACCAUGUCAACAGCUACUUUUUCAGUCGUGACUAUUUCCCCGACAUCCUUGUCACCGCCACUAACAACAGCAACACCGCCUCUGCCGCCCACAGGCACAGCUGGUUCCACUUUCAUUUCUAAUUCGAAUCUCGUCAUCAUGCUAUUGGCGGCGUGCUUACUCGGCACAAUGGUUGUGAUUGGGUUUCUGGUCUGGCGCAUGUCCGCCAUCAAGUCAAAGCUUCGGCGCAUAUCAAUGCCACAUGACUCCCAGCCUGUCCGCAGCGGCAGUGUCACCAUGCCAACCCACACGUCCAGCAUGUCGGCAGCCGUCACCGGCGGCGACACGCCGUGCGGCGAGACCUCGAGCAUGCGCGACGGCGACAGCGCGACCCACUCCCUCGCCAGCGUUGUCACGGUAGCACACCAGCAGCGCACCUCGCUGACGUCCGCCGACGGCGGCACGCUCAACACGCUCUCACGGCUGCACGAGCUGCACAUGACCAUGGACGAGCUGGUGUGUUUCAGCGACAACGACGAGGAACAGCCCAGCUCCGCGGUCGCCGCAAAGGAGUCGCCAUUGGCAACGUCGGCGGCGGUGUCGCCCCGAGCAACGCAGCGCCAGGUCCUGCAGCACCGGGUCGCCGCGCGCUACUCUCUCCAGCACCAGGACACGAAGACAGUGUCGCUGGACUUGCCGUCGCACUCCGGACCCAGCUCGAUCUCCGACGCGGCCUCGCUCCCGGGCCUGGUGGAGACGAAGCCGUCGACGCCCGUGUCGCAGCCGUUUGACGUCUUCACGCGCCACAUCAUGGACAGCUCCAGCAACUGCUGCGACCUGCCGCCGCCAACGGUAGCCACGACGACCGGCACAUCACCGGUUGGUCCGGCAACCGUGCCACACAUUGCCGCCGCCGCCGCGUUCCGGGACAGAGACGCGCUGUGCGACGGUCUGCUGCGAUCAAACUCUAUGCCGCUGGUGGGGCCGGCAGGUGUAGGUCAGCCGCAUUCCCAGGUGCCGGCGGCCGUCGUUUCCCGGGACUCGCGAACCAAGCCCGGCAGCAGCGAGCCUGGUCACCAUCAGCAGCAACUCGCCGCGCACAGGAGCAUCUGCAUGGUGAAGAGGGGUCCACUGCUGUUAGCACAUUCCGUACCCAACAUUGCUCAGAACAGCAUAGACUGCGGCGGCGGAGAUGAAAGCGCGAUGCAGCUCCUCCAUCUCGGUCUCUCGCGAAACAUGUCGGCAGCCGCGUACUCGUCGGAACGCGUCGACACCGCCACCGCCAGGAACGCACCAUCCGCCUCCGCUGGCGGCGACAGAGGUCCCGAGCGGAAGGUGUGCCGCCUCUACGAACAACCGCUCACGCCGGUGAACCCGGGACGAACCCGCUGGGAGCAAGUGUUCUCGCGCGUGUUGAGCAGGCCGAGGGCGACGAACAGCGAGCACUCGGUGGCCAACAUGGAGCGCUGCUCCAGCCUGUCGGCCAUCAGCACCCAGGCGAUCGGCGGACGGAGUAGCACGCACUGUGCGGCGCUCAACGCUGCAGCCCCGGAAACGGGCACGACGAUCGCGAACGCGGCCUGCCGAACGCGCUCCACCGAGCAUCUGUCUCGGCUGGUGUGCACGGAUCCGCUCAGUUCGCUGAGCUCGCUGAGCAGCAAUCACAUGUACGGAACCGUGAAGUACAUGCAGUCGACGACAAGCGCCGCUAGCAACGACGGCCUCUACUCGACGAUACGCUCGCCGACUAUGGCAGCCGCGGGUAGCAACCAGCUGCUGUACACCCGUAUGGCAGACACGGCCGCGACGACCGGCGCUAACGGUAGUACGGUCGGCGCCCCGGCCGAUUCCGCAUCUGGCGCUGCCGCCAACGGCGCGCCGGACGUCGCGGGCGAAGUGUCAUCCUCGCCGAGCCUUCACAGCCUCAGUCGCCAUGGCACCGCAGGCAGCAUGGAUUAUCACCGCCACAGGCAGACCGGAGUGGCAGCAUCAGGAGCAUCGGCAACGGCGGGGCAAUCGCAAAUGUCGACCUGGCAUCACCGCGCCCUGGCCAUGAACCGCAGCUGCUCCGUGCCGGACAAUCUCAACUGUGUGAUCUCUCCGGACAGCCCCGCCGCUCCCAAUGCUUCUGGUGGCAUAUUUGCGACGGCGGACAUGGACGGGACUGGUAUGCUGCAUGGUGUAAGCACUGACGCCAUCGCUCCGUGGAAUCCGCUCAAGUACGCUCGCGCCUGGAAGAGGAAGGUGAGGCCACCCACGGCCGCUACGGCGUUAUCCUCGUCGGCAUCGGCGACAGUGACGUACGCCACACCGGAGCGCAAGACCGCGCGCAGCAAAGUGUUUGCCACCAGCCCGCGCGCGCCGACUGCAGGCAGUCUGGAGCAGGUGGCUCAGCCGCAGCAGCCGCCGCAACGCGCUCGGGAGGGCUCGUAUGACACGCUGUACGAGCUUGUGGGCUCUGUUGAGCCCACCUCCGGCAACUGUGGCGGUGGAGCAGGAGGAACAGGAAUGCCGUCCAUCGUCGCCGACCGUGUGGCCAGGCUCGAAUCGCCGACCACAUCCGCAGAUUCACAGCAGCAGCAGCUGCAGCAAGCAGGCGCGAUGGCCUCGUCGCCUAAAGUCGACAACGCCAGCUACGCCAAGCUGAACUGGAAGAUGAGAACUGCGAGCAAUCCCGUAGCCGUGCCAGCGCAGAGUCACUGCCCCCCAGCAGGCGGUAGCACCGUCGGUGCGGGUCAAUCGUCAUCGCACUCAAGAAACAACAGCCUGGUGGACGCCAAGCAACUGGGUAAUCUAAACCAGCAGCAGCCGGAGCAGGCCCUGGCCGCGUUCUCCCCGGGAACGUCGCAGGAGACGAGCUCUCCGUUCCUAACGGACGGCAGCCUGCAGCUAAGCAGCCACGACUCUCCGUCGCCGCUGACGAAGCUCAGCGAUCACAGCGGCCGAUCGUCCACGAGCAGCGCGAAGGCGGCAGGCCGAGACUCGAUUCUGGGCGCACUGGGCACUCACAUGGAUUGCCUCGGCUCGGACUCUCGUUUGUACAACAACCUCUGCGGUAGCAACGGCACGUCGUUAUCGCAGUACGACACCCCUGACACGGGCACGACCAUGCAGCAUCGCCCACGGGCCGUACGCCGAGACAGCAUGACCGGCAACGCACCCGGGGUGCUGAAACGGGACCUUCCGUUGUCGACGACGACAAGCAAUUCAACGUCGUCGCCGCACUCGCGUACAUCAUCCGCCGGUAACUUUGCCGCCGCGAUGGACCAGAAGCCGAAGACCACGCUGCAGCAGUUGCGCUCGAUGUCGUCGGUCACGACCCAGCUGGCCACAGUAUCGGGGGCGGCCAUUGCGCCGAUGCCAACGCGUGCGGCUCUGCAGCAUCAGGCGGCGCGCAAUGCCCAGUCGUCGCUCCGAGGCGCCCGGCAGUUUCCACGCCGUCUGAGCCACAGCUUCACCGAGGAUAGCACGGAUCGCGAGCAAUCCAUGCACUCAUGGCACACGACCGACACCACUGGCUGCAAGUCCGACGACAGCAUUGACGGCAGCUGCGCCAGAAAGAGCGCGCUCUACUCGAGGCCGCAGCGGCGGGCGUCGGAACAGGACGAGACGAUCGAUCUGGGCAGGCAGGCGGCAGACUGGGCCGACAAGGACGGUGACGAGCAGGAUCCAGGGGAUUCGCUGUCCAGCAGGAAUGCACCACCUCCAGUGCCGCCACGCUCCGACGACCUGUCUCUAGACAGCGCCGACGUGUCGGUGAUCGAGCAAGCGCCAACGCCGGCUACAAUGAGCGUGAAGUCGACCGCCUGCGAAGAUACCUGGGGCUACCCGGACGAGCUGGUUGGCGGGCGAGCGAGGACCACGUCCGGCAAGGCUGACUACGCCGAGCUUCCUUUCUCGUGCGCCGCCUACCCAGGGAGGAAGGCUUCAAAGCGGCGUCCGCGAACCCGCCACUCGUUCUCUGCGUUCGGGCGCUCGAUCAUCGGAGAGCGCUAUCGACUUACCAGUAUAAAGACCGAUGUACCAUCGCUGUCGCCCAAUAAGACGAAAGGUGCUUCAACCGUACUAGCAUAUCAGUCACCUGUACAGCAACCACAACAACACCAGCAGCCGUUGAGUCACGACCAGCUGUCGAUGAAUAACUCCUGCGGCGUGGAGCCGUUCAGCGGCAGUGGGCGUCCGCGCACCGACGGCUCCUUCUCCAGUCUGCUCGUCAGCAACGAUUCGUCGUCGUCCGCCACUCAUACGUCUCAACGGCGUCUGUCCUGCGUGUCCGGCGACGAGCUGUACGGAGGCGGCGCUCGUUCUGCCCUGGUGCAGUCCACGACAAACACGUCGGACGGCAUGCGUCAGCAGUGCCUCUCGCCGAGCAGUCAGCUGUCACCGCACCAGAGCCUUGGCUUAGGGUCGCAGCUGCCGCCGCAGCCGCCGCAGCUCCCCCGCCACCCGGACCUCACGGGUAGCUACUCGGACCUGCAGAGUGGAGCGCAGCCGCAGUACCCGCACCGGCGUCUCUCCGGCGAUGCGCCGCGCCCCAACGGUCAGUACAUGGAGCAGAAGCGCCGCUCCUACGACAGCCCACGCGGCGGCAGCGAACCCAAUUUCACGUACGCCAAGCCAAUGCUGGACGACUCCAAUGCGGAUAACGGCUAUGCACGCGUGUCCUUUGACAAACCGUAGAUAAGCGGUGCCGUACGGUUCAGACGCAGCGGGCAGUCCACUGCUAGAACUGGCGACUAUCCUCGGCCACACGGAGCAUCAAACGCUUGCAUCGGUAAUACACCUGUUCACAGAAACUACACAGUUCAGUAUUGCACACACACACACGCAUAUGUACAUACAUAUGCAAUCACAUACACAUGCUCGUAUACGCACAUAGACACACACACACACACACACGAGCGCAAGCUUGAGCGCGAGAUAACACGCACAUACAGCGCACAAACGGACAUGUGCACAAACCCCAUGCAAUUUCGCCCGUCUCCCGGGCAAGCCAAGCUCAUAGAGAUACACGUCACACCGUACGAGGACAGUAGUAUUCCCUUUCAUCGUUUCCCUUUUUGCUUCUCCAUUGUCCUGUAUUACGGUGCACGGAGACAGCUAGGGCCC